UUGAGUGUUUGUAAGAGCGCAUGCCUCGGUGCCCUCUGAUGAGUGCACUCCAAGGCUGACGAUGCAGCUGGGAGCAGCAUGAGUUCGGAGCGAGCGGAGUAUGACAUGGUUUGUCAGAGAGCCGUGACCCUUAUUGUCGACCUCUGCCUGCACAACAGCACGCUGUUGGAGCAGGACACGUGUCAGGACUUCCUCUUCCUGUUGUCCGGCCGCGGCGCCAAGCACAGGGAUCAAGACGCUAAUUUUGGCCUCCUGCUCGGUGUGUUUGUGCUCUGUGGCUUAAUUCUGUUGGGCCUCCUGGCCUUCGGCUACUGGAAGUGGUGCGGUCCGCCUCGGCGGAGCAAAGCCAGCUUCCUCACCCCGUCCCCCUGCCUGGAGCACAACCCGUCGCAGCUCCCUCAUCUGCUGCCAUUGCCGUCACCCCCGAGUCCCCGGCAGCCGCAGCCAGCGGUUACCAUGGCAACUGAAAAAGUGAAGGACCCCGUCGGCCCGAUGGGCUUCCUGGAGGCUGCGGUGAAGAUAAGCCAUACAUCUCCUGACAUCCCCACCGAUGUUCAACUCUCCAUGAGGGAGCACUUCCUGCGCCGCACGCAGCGCAUGCAGAGGCAAACCACUGAGCCUGCUUCCUCCACUCGGCACAAUUCCUUCAAAAGGCACCUUCCCCGACAGAUGCAGGUAGGCAGCUUAGACUUAGGGAAUGACUAUGUGUUGGACAAAGAAGAGAAAUCCACCAGCAUAGGCCGCAUUCAGCCAGAGCUCUACCAGCAGAAAACCUUGGACUCUGACGACUCCUCCAAGAAUGGCAGCAGCAAAAACUGUGGUAGAAUUAAUUUUUCUUUGAAGUAUGACUACGACAGUGAGGCCCUGCUCGUCAACAUCAUCAGGGCGGUCGAUCUUCCCGCCAAGGACUUGUGCGGCACGUCCGACCCUUACGUCAAGAUCUACCUGCUGCCUGACCGCAAGAAGUUCCAGACGCGAGUCCAUCGAAAGACCCUCAACCCCACCUUUAGCGAGAGCUUCCAAUUCCCCGUGCCUUACGACGAACUGGCCGUCAGGAAGCUCCAUAUGAGCGUCUUUGACUUUGAUAGAUUUUCAAGACACGACAUGAUUGGGGAGGUGGUGAUGGACAACCUGUUCGAGACGUCGGACCUAUCACGGGAAACAAAUAUAUGGAGAGACAUCGACUAUGCCACCAGCGAGAGUGUCGACCUCGGGGAGAUCAUGUUCUCACUCUGUUACCUGCCUACUGCUGGAAGACUCACACUGACUGUCAUCAAGUGCAGGAACCUCAAGGCCAUGGACAUCACUGGAUACUCCGAUCCUUACGUCAAAGUGUCACUUAUAUGUGACGGGCGACGUCUGAAAAAGAAGAAGACCAGCAUCAAAAAGAACACUCUUAAUCCUACCUACAACGAGGCCAUCAUCUUUGACAUUCCACCGGACAGCAUGGACCACGUCAGCCUCCACAUCUCUGUCAUGGAUUACGACUUGGUCGGUCACAAUGAGGUCAUUGGCGUAAUGCGGCUCGGAUGCAAUGCAGAGGGUCUAGGAAGAGACCACUGGAACGAAAUGUUGGCUUACCCUAGGAAGCCUAUCGCACACUGGCAUCCCUUACUCGAGUCCAAGAAGUCUGAGAAGGAGUGGAAAGCCAGGGCUGCCAGCUUUGACAGCCAGGGCUCCUGCCCUUCCCCACGCCCCCCAGCAACACCCUGAGCAACACCACCUGAGACCCCUGUGACCCCCUGGAAACUAGAUGGAGGGGCGGUGGAAGUUUGUUCCUGCCUCCUGCUGGUCCACUUCCUGUCUGUCUGAUUAUCAAGGAGAAACCCUGCUGUUGCUGUUCCAUUCUAAGCCCUCUACCCCACUCCCUCAGUCGACCCGCCAACUCCACCUUCCGCCAGUGUGGUCCGAGAGAACAGAUCAAGGAGCACAUUAGGUCAGGUCAUAUUUUUGGGCGCGUCAUUCUCCGGAGGCAGGUCUAUCAAUGCCGCUCCUCCUUGGAUGGAUUUGUGUGCAGACUGUGAUGCAAAAAUCGUGGCAGUCAAAAGACGUUACUCGGAGUGAAGCAGUAUGUCUCUUUUUAAAGCGUUUGGGUGCUGCAUUUGUUUACAGCAAGACAAAAUUGAGGUGUGGCGUCAUAAAGUUGAGUCUCCAGUUGCAGCAGUUGUGAUGCUAACUCUUUAAGGUCACACUAACAAGGAAUACGUAUAUGAUUUUGGAUACAAAACACGGAAAUAGUAGUAGCUGUUAUUAUACGGUAUUUGCUCAAAUAGUGGCUGUUUUUUAGUACACUGUUGUCAGGCUCAAGGCCUGGGAACCAAAUCUGGCAUACCACAUGGAUUUGUGUCUUUUACAUUAAAGUAAUUGCACCCCCCGCCCCCUUAAAUCCUUGAUAUAAAUUGAACAAUAUGCACACUUAAAUAUUUAUGGGUCAUUUGUUUGUGUGACAAUAUGAGGUGACUACAGAAACCAUAGCCAAAAUUUUGUUUGAUGUCUCUGUUGAUGGACUGUCCUAAUUAGUCACUGGAUGGGCCAUUUAAGACAAAUACCAGCAUCCCUUUUCACAAUAGAAAAAUAAGAACAUAACCACUUAAAUUUGCAUUGUACUACAUGAUGGUGAUGCUAAUUGGAACUCCCGGCGACUCGGAAUUGUGCCACAGCUUGGCAAUAUUGUGUGCAUUCAUUUUUAUUCUAUCCUUCCACAAUAAAUUUUACCGUAAUUUUCAGAAUAUAAGCCACUAUUUUUUUUAUCUCUAUUUGAACCAUACAGCUUUAACAACAAAGUGGCUUAUUUAUGGAUUUUUCUUGGCCAAACGAGCUUCAUCUUCAUCUUAAAAAAAAUAUAACGUUGUGACAACACUCUGCUCUCGUGUGCUCCCACACAAAUCCAUCCUUAGCUUUGAUUUAGCGUUUAAAAAAUUCAGUUUGUGAGAGGGCUGUCAGGUGUUGUGGGCAACUAGCAGGUGAGAAUGAAGGAAGGAUGCAAACACAUGGAAGCAAGACAGACGGCCGCAGGUGUGAUUUUUUUUUCUAUACGAGGUGACCAAACAAAGUACAGUGGUACCUCUACAUACGAAUUCGUUCCAGGAUCUUGUAAGUCCAAAUGUUUGUACCGUAUUGGCCCGAAUAUAAGACUGUGUUUUUUGCAUUGAAAUAAGACUGACAAAGUGGGGGUCGUCUUAUAUUCGCGGUCUUGACAUUGUAACCAUUCACGACACUAGAUGGCGCCAGAUAUCAUUGAAGUGAUGUUCUGUCAUGACAGAUCUCAGCUACUCUCAAGUUUAACCAGUUCGCAUUAUUUUAUUGCAAUGUUUUUCCUUAUUCAGAUUUGUUUCAAGACUAGUUACAGUUAGACUUCACUUUGAUGGUUAAUGCAGUUAUUGCAAUUUUGUUGUUUUAUCACAAUAGAUUGGUUUAUUUACGUUUCAAGAACCAGAAGCCAUUCUUUUACGAAUAUAAUUGCACUUUAGUUUACAUAUUUAAAUGUUCAGAUAUUAAGAUUUGAAUGAGGCAAAAUAACAUGCUUUUUCUCUCAAAUAUAUUGUUAUAAUCAUUUGUUUCAGAUGUACUGUAAUUAUUUUCUGUAUAAAAAUGAAUUUUGUGUUCAAAAAGUCUUUUUUCAAACUUGAGUCUCGAAAAAGAGGGGGUCGUCUUGUAAUCAGGGCCGUCUUAUAUCCGGGCCAAUACGGUAUGUCGAACAGGAUUUUCCCAUAAGAAUACAUUAUAAUUCCAUUAAUUCGUUCAGCAGCCCUAUAACCUACACUAAAUCCUGAAAAAAUACUGCUGGUACUAUUACAAAUGGCAAUUAAACAUAUCGAAACAAAUAAAUUAUUAAUAAAAAACGGAAUAAAAAUAUAAUAAUAACAAUAAUAAUUCCUAUAAUAAUGUAACGAAUCAGGUUCUAAUGUUCUGCGUGCUGUACCUGAACCCACCGCAAGGAGAGAAAGGUGCGGUUGAGGUUUUACUUUCCCUUUUAAUGUUUUGUUGUUGCCGUCAAUUGGGGCAGACAGUCGUGCUUUUGUGUUGCACAAGUUGAUAAAUACCUGACGAAGCUGGCGAUUUCUUUGGCAAAGUUACCACAAUAAUAUUUGUCACCUUAACUUAUAAAGACUGGCGAAUGGUGGUCGUAGGAGGACCGUUAAGAUCGUAGACAUCCUACGGUCGCAUUGUUAAUCCAGUUCACGGAUGCGCUGCCCACGCUCAUAUAUUUCCAUCAUUUCCAUCUUAAUUUCAAUGGUAAGCGUCACCUUUUUCCUUUCUCGCCACGUGCACUAACCUGUAUAUUUCUCUCACAAGAAAAUCCGCCGUGCGUCCGUCUGCAGCGCAGUCAUGUCGUUGUAUUUCGAGCAUGUCGUCGGAUGUACAGUAUGUACUGGUAAAAAAGGACAAUUUAAACUUUUGAAGGAUAGAUAUCCAUUGUUUGCUACGGCGAGAAGAUGCUAUGCUAACAUUUCUUAGCCAUUUUCAAGCAGCACUGAUAGGAAAGGACUACUGCUGGUGACGGCUUUUCUGAUCCUUGACACCGUUACAGAAGAACGGUUUAGGGCUAGUCAUGGAUGCUUUGACAGCUAUAAAAAGGACUGAUUGCUAUAAUGUUCUACAACAAAGUUGCUAGGACCGAUAGCCAUAAGCCGUGCAUACAUGACAGACUGAAGUAAUCAAAAUAAUCAAUCAUAGGGAUUUCUAAAAGGAGUUCGUCCAUUGCAAGCAUAGAGAUGAAGGUAAAGUGGAUUUGAUUUUUCAUUCGAAAUGUGAUGACUUAUUUAUUUAUUUAUUCAUUCAUUUAAGAUAAGUGUGAAUGGUUUCAGACUGAGAAACAUGAGUGUGACAGUGUGUGGCUCCCUCCGCAGGCCACUGGGUAUGGAUGAAAUUGAAAUUUGGUGUGUUGACGUAUUUUUAUUUGGUUAAUGAAUAUAUUGUUGAUCAAUCAGAUGAUUCUUUGUAACAUUCUCUACAUAAAUAUAAGACAUGGACACAUGGGGCUAAAAGUCCGAUGCAGCAUAUAUAUGGAUUAUUUUCUUAAAUUUUGAGAAAUUUUGGCUAUGCGGCUUAUAGUCAGGUGCGUGCUAUACUGUAAAUAUUGUUUGAAAAUGCAUUCAUACAAAUAAUGGUUGAACAACUCCCCUGAUGUAAAAGGCCUGUCUCUGCCAGCAGAAGAGUCAAUAAACGCACCUGGCCACUAUUUGCGUAAAUGCCGUAAAUUUAGCACACAUGCUUUCUGCAUUUGCAUUGCCUCCUUGGUCUCCUCUCAUUUUGGAGGAUAUAAUUAUGUGCAUACAUUUGUGUACAGAGACAGGUUUUUUUUGUGAUUUUCGGCUUCUUUCAAACCAUAAAAGAUGUGAAGCUAGAUGUAGCCUAGCAGCUGGUUACUAUUAAAAAAAAAAAAAAAAAAAAUCUCAAUGUUUACCAUGUCAUGAAGCAUUUGUUACCAAGAUGCCGUUAUAGUUCAGUUCAGAUCCUUUCAUUCAAUCUGUUGAACCUAUUGUGUUUCAAACUCAAAGUUUGAAAAAUGUUUCAUUGUGAAAAGCAACUGUUACUUUGAUUUGUUUUGUAGAUGGAGUUAAUAUUUUGUACAACAAAGAAAAUCUCCUUUACAGGUUGUGUGCGUUAAAACAGAUGUUGUUGUUGUUGUUGUUGGAUUAAUUGAUGUAAAUGUGAGUCUUACGUAAUAUAUUUUAUUUAGGUUGUGUUAGCAGAAAGGUGUAAACAUUUCACUAAACUCUUGAAUCAACAGGAGAUAGUGUAACAUCAUUUUCAAUUAAAAAAGUGUUUUUAUUUAAUUUUUUUUUUUUAGAAAAAAGCUUUUUUAAAUCAGAAAAGCAACUCUUUUUGCUUUUCUUACAAUAUAAAAAGGUGUCGGUGAGUUAUACUACAAAAUUUAAUGACAAUGGCUUGUCUUUGAAGAGAAACAAAUACAAGCAAUGAACAUGCAAACACAAUUUAUGUAGCAUUCCUUAUACCCUAGAAAAUAGCACAACACACUAACAAUUUUCAAAUGAAUGCAGUUUUUGUUUUGUGGAACUUUUUUUUUUUUUUUAUGCCAUUAUCAUUUCAAUCAUUCGUUUGGUAAUCAUGGUGUUAACAUUUGGUGUGUGUAUCUAUGUAAUAAAGGGUCUCGGAAAAUGCUAGCACUCAAAAUAGAAAUAUUUGGUAAUAUCCAGUUCCAGCCAAUGAGAGUGUUGUAUUUAGAACUUGUCAAGGCCAACCGCAGUUAAAACAGGAUACCUUUAGCUUCACAAUUGUAAAGGGCGAAUCACCAAAACAUCUUGGAACUAACUGGACGAUGGCUAGAUGUGUCACAUCAAGGGGUGUCCAGUUAGAUGAUUUUCUAAUAACGUAACAUUCAUGAAUAUUCUGAACAUGAAUUCAGAUUUAAUCAGUUGUUUUAAAAAAAUCCAAUAGCGCCCAAUCAUAUUUAAUCAGGGUUAGGUUUGAAAACCCUGUUUUUACUGCCUUUAGUUGGCCAAAGGAAUCACUACAGGGGAGAAACAAAAGUUUUGAUGCCGCUUUUAAAUUAAAUAAAUGGACAGGUUGUUUUCUAAUAUGGAAAGAGACUUUGCAUUUGAUUAUUUACAUUCUGUGAUAUUCAAUCAAUAUUUGGAUUCUGGUACAACUUGUGCCCUUUAAAAUGAACUCUAAGGUAAAACAUUUGACUCAAGAGGGAAAAUGGCGGGAGAAAAUGGCACAGUAAAGUUAUGCUGAGUUAUGCUCCUGCGUUGUGGUGACGGCGAAGCGACUAAGGCGUCAAUGAGCAUUCGAUAGUUCUGCACCAAUGGAACGCGUUGCUCUGUAAUUCACUGCCAAGCCACUAGAGGGUUGUGGUGUUGUGUUUGUACGGUUUUGGGGGACGCUUGUCGACUUCCUGUAGUUUUCAUCCAGUUACACAAUGACAACUGAGAAAAAAAAAUAAACAAUGCAAGAUGGAACGCAUGAAUGUGGAUCUUCAAGAAUUGUUUGCCAUUUGGCAAUCUUUAUAAUGUCUUGACAAGACAUGGUAGAGGUUGACAUAGUGUACUUGCGGACCUCUUUGAUGAUACUCUAGUCGGCUUGGUCGACUUUGGGUAGCACAACAAUGUUUGAAAAUAGCGGUGAUUUUGCGCUGAACUGGAAACAACAGUGCGGACCAAGCACAGUCCAUUUGCGUAACUUCUCCACGCGUUGACGCGACGCGAAGUCCGAAAACUAAGGAGAUACACGUCAAGCCUGAGUUAGACUCCCGCGUUGCAGUGACGGCGCAGCGACUACGGCGUCAUUUGACAUUCGAUGGUUCUCUGUCCAGGUGAUGCGUUGCUCUGUAAUUCACCGCCAAGCCACUAGAGGGGUGAGGCGUUAUGUUUGUACGGUUUUGGGGCAUGCUUGUUGACUUCCACUUGUCGAGUUUAACGGAGAAAAAAAUAAACAAUGCAAGAUGGAACGCUUCAAUGUGGAUCUUCAGCUCAUCAACAUUGAAUAAAUGUUGAUCAUACAAAUGCUGAGGCAUUAGAAGAUGGUUUUGAGGCGGUCUGUCCAACUUUGAUGCCGCACAGAGAGUUCUAGCCUCGGGUGGAAACUAGUUAGGUGUAGCGGCUAGCUUCAAACUGGCGUCGAGCACUGCGUCCAGCGUUUUGUCAGAGGUCUGCAAAGCCCUCCAGCCCGAUUUGUUUGCCUUGUCCUACAAACAGCCAGUGGGAAGCCAUAGCAGAUUUCUGGCGUCUAUAGAAUUUCCCAAACUGCGUUGGAAGCCUUGAUGUUAACGUUAUCAUAAAAGCACCGAGGCACUCUCAGUGAUGAUGUAUCGUGUGUGAACUGUCUGUUGUUGAAAAUGAAACAUCAAAACAACUCUUUUGACAACCUGUGCUUUAUUCUUCAUGUACUUGAAGUAUGACACGUACGAGGGGUAUUCAAAUUGUAAUGCACCCAACUUUAUUAUGUACAGACAAAUUAUAAUAGCAACAUGUACAGUGGGGAGAACAAGUAUUUGAUACACUGCCAAUGAUUGGCAGUGUAUCAAAUACUUGUUCUCCCCACUGUAUUAUACAUCAAAAGAAAGGUACAAUUGUGAGGAUUACAUUUUUACUUCUCCACAUAGUCUACACCUCUCUCAAGAGCUACAGUCCACCUAUGAAUGAGGGCAUGUAUACCAGUGUUGUAGAACUCAGCCGGUUGAUCCCUAAGCCAAUUCUUGACAACAGUUUUCACUUCGUCAUUGCCAUAUCGGUUGCCCAGGAGUCCUUCUUUCAUUGGACCAAAGAGGUGGUGGUCUGGCCGUGCCAAAUCAGGAGAAUAUGGCGGAUGUCCAUCCAAAUAAAGUGAUGACCUCCAUUGUCCUGAUGCCUGUGUGAGGACGUGCAUUGUCAUGCUAGAGGAGCCCAUUGGCCAUGUCCAAGUUGGGCCGAACACGUCGAAUUCUUGCUUUGAGCUUCCUAAGAGUCUCAAUGUAUACCUCAGAGUAGAUGGUUUCCCCCUUCGGCAAAAAAUCCUCUAUGAUUACACCUUGGGAAUCCCAAAAAACGGUGGCCAUAAUUUUGCCAGCUGAUUUUUGGGCCUUGAACUUUUUGGGCUAAUCGGCUAUGCUGGCUUUACCCACCUCUUCGUAGUCUUCAGUACUGUUUUUAAAUCGCUGUACCCAUAUUUUUACAGUGCUAUAGUCUAUGGUAUCAUCCUUGUAGACAUUUUCCAGCCGGUUAUGAAUCCCCAGAGGGGUUUCUCCCUCUGCAACAAGGAAUUCGAUUUCAGCUCUUUGUUUCUGACGAGCUUCAAGAGUGGCAGCCAUUUUGGAAGCUAGUUUAAGCUUUAAAAAUUUGUUAUAUGUGUUUUUCCUAUUUUCAAUCGCAAAAAGGUGUGUCCUAUCAUGUUUGUGCCAAAUAUAAACAAGAUUGGUAAAAUCCUAUACGAGCAAUGCACUUGAGUGCAUUACUUUUUGAAUGCCCCUCGUAAAUAAGUCAGACUCACAGCAAACAUAUGUACACAAUAAAUAAUGAAAUGCACCGACCAAAAGUACGACAUAAAGUGAUAAAAAGCUGGCAGUUUUUGGCCGACUGGGUCGCCGCUUCGAGUGCCUAUUCGAUUCCGAACACACACGUACUUGUCUCGGUGGUUCUUCCAUUUUUUUUUUUUUUUAUCCAAUCGCUGGCUGACCUCCAGCCCCGUAUUUUCAGCAAUCUCCUCCCAUGAAUUGCUUGCCAUUUGGCAAUCUUCAUAAUGUCUUGACGAGACAUUGUAGAAGUUGUCGUACUUGCUCUUCGUUGAUACUCUCGUCGGCUUGGUCCAUUUUUACGUGUAGAAAAAUAAUUUUUUUAGAAUGGCGGUGAUUUCGCGCUGAACCGGAAACAGUCUGAGCGGACCAAUCAUAGUCAGUUUCCACCACGUCACACGCGUUGACGCGACGUGAAGUCAGAAAAAAAAGAAGGGACCCAGAGAGGAUACGGCGCAGGGUCGUAAAUCGGGUCUUCAUUGACGGCGCAGGUCUGACGCGGAAGCAUAACUUGGCCUUAAAGCUAUGGCGAAGGGUCGUAAAUCGGGUCUGCCUUUGCGGCGUAGGUCUGCCGCAGAUGCAUAACUCAGCCUUAAAACUGGCCUUACUACGCAUGCACCAUAUAUCAUAGUUUGUUUUGAAGAAUUUCAAAGCUUCAGUAUAUAGGCUACUGAGCACAGAUGUUUCCGCCAUCAUCUGUUUUAGACAUUUACUUUUAGCCUGUGUCUGUCUUCAGACAUUUUCAGAAAUUUUUAAAGUCAUGUCAGGCUUUUCUUUACCCCAUAGUAUUGUAAACCACCAUGAUUUUUUUCCCUUCAGGGAUCUGAGUUUUAAAGUGUCUUGUUUGUUGCUUGUGCAGAAUGGUAGAUCUGCAUUUUUCUAUCCAAAUAAGUUGUCUAACCGGAGACUAAAAUGAAUAACUAAAAAUAUUCCAGCUCAGGAAGUCUGCAUUCUUAAUUUGACCACUUUCUGAUAUAUAGUAACCAGAGGUGGGUAGAAUUUACUCAAAAGGUGCGUUACUUCAAAAUAAUAUUACUCAAGUCAAAGUUAAUCUAGUCAUCCAAAAACAUUGAAAGUAACUGUUUUGGAUCUUUAAUUAAAAAAAAAAAAAAAUUAACAAUGGUAUUUUUUUUCUCGGCACAAAGUUGUCGAUAUGAACUCUCAUUGUUACAUUAUACUGUACGAUAACAUAUUACAUAAUCACAUUAAACCAAAGAAAUUAAGAUCAAAAAAAGAAAAACACUGAAUUCCGGCUAGAGAAAAAAAAUCUAUAGAAAUUAAGCAUUAUUCGUCCAAAGAGCA